UCCCGCGGCGCAUGCGUGCUGUGCAGCGGGGGCUAUGGCGGCCGUCAGGGCCCCUCCAGAAGUAUUUCUGCGAGAAGCCACUCAACGAAAAUUGCGGAGGUUUUCGGAAUUAAGAGGCAAACCAGUGGCAGCUGGAGAAUUUUGGGACAUAGUUGCAAUAACGGCAGCUGAUGAAAAACAGGAACUUGCUUAUAAGCAACAGCUGUCAGUAAAGCUGAAAAGAAAAGAGUUACCCCUUGGAGUUCAAUAUCACGUUUUUGUUGAUCCUGCUGGAGCCAAAAUUGGAAAUGGAGGAUCAACACUUUGUGCCCUUCAAUGUUUGGAAAAGCUGUAUGGAGAUAAAUGGACUUCUUUUACCAUCCUAUUAAUUCACUCUGGUGGCUACAGUCAACGCCUUCCAAAUGCAAGUGCUCUGGGGAAAAUUUUCACAGCUUUGCCUCUUGGUAACCCCAUUUAUCAGAUGUUGGAAUUAAAACUAGCUAUGUACAUUGAUUUUCCCUCACAUAUGAAUCCUGGGAUUCUGGUUACCUGUGCAGAUGAUAUUGAACUUUAUAGUAUUGGAGAAUCUGAGUUUAUAAGGUUUGAUAAACCUGGCUUUACUGCUUUAGCUCAUCCUUCUAGUUUGACUGUAGGUACCACACAUGGAGUAUUUGUCUUAGAUCCUUUUGAUUAUUUAGAACGUAGAGACCUUGAAUACAGGUCUUGCUAUCGUUUCCUCCAUAAACCCAGUAUAGAAAAGAUGUAUCAGUUUAAUGCUGUGUGUAGACCUGAGGAUUUUUGUCAACAGGACUUUGUUGGGGGUGACACUGCCCAUCUUAAAUUAGACUCUGACUUUGUCUACACAGAUAGCCUAUUUUACAUGGAUCAUGCAUCAGCAAAGAAAUUACUUGCUUUUUAUGAAAAAAUAGGCACACUGAACUGUGAAAUAGAUGCCUAUGGUGACUUUCUGCAGGCUUUAGGACCUGGAGCAACUGUGGAGUACACCAGGAACACAUCAAAUGUUACCAAAGAAGAGUCAGAGUUGAUAGAUAUGAGGCAGAGAAUAUUUCAUCUUCUUAAAGGAACAUCACUAAAUGUUGUUGUACUUAAUAACUCCAAAUUUUAUCACAUUGGGACAACUGAAGAAUAUAUGUUUCAUUUUACUUCAGAUAGCAGUUUAAAGUCAGAGCUUGGCUUACAGUCCAUAAUUUUUAGCAUCUUUCCAGACACACCAGAAUGUUCUGGUAAAACAUCCUGUAUCCUUCAAAGUAUACUGGAUUCAAGAUGUUCACUGGCACCUGGCUCAGUUGUGGAAUAUUCCAGAUUGGAACCUGAUGUUACAGUUGGGGAAAACUGCAUUAUUAGUGGUUCUUAUAUCAUAACAAAAGCUGCCCUGCCUGCAUAUUCUUUUGUGUGUUCCUUAAGCUUGAAGAUGAAUGGAUGCCUAAAGUAUUCAACUAUGGCAUUUGGAGUGCAAGACGACUUGAAAAAGAAUGUUAAAACAUUGUCAGAUGUAAAGUUAAUUCAAUUCUUUGGAGUCUGUUUUCUGUCGUGCUUAGAUAUUUGGAAUCUUGAAGUUACAGAGGAGCUGUUCUCUGGAAACAAGACAUGUCUAAGUUUGUGGACUGCUCGCAUUUUCCCAGUUUGUUCUUCUUUGAGUGAUUCAGUUACAACAUCCAUAAGGAUGUUAAAUGCUAUUCAGAACAAGUCAACAUUCAGCCUGAAGAGCUAUAAGCUGUUGUCCAUUGAAGAAAUGCUUAUCUACAAAGAUAUAGAAGACAUGAUAGCUUAUAGGGAGCAGAUUUUUCUAGAAGUUAGUUUAAAUAAAAAGCAAUUUGAUUUAGAGAUAUCUUAAAUAUUGUAUGCUUUGCCUUUCUUUAAGCAAGAUUCCAAAUACAGUCGUUUUCUGUAGACUUUUUUUUUUUUGGAUUGUUUCACUGAAGUGAAUUAAUGAAAAUGUAUUAACAUAAUUGCUGUAACAUGUAGCAUAACAUUAAUAACACAAAAAUACAAAUGAACAUUUUUUUGAUGGAAGAAUAUUUCAAGACUUUAAGUUCAGAAAAGAGAGACUUUUUUGAUGUUUAUCACUAUUUCAAUUUUUUUAAUGAUGGAUUUGUGGAGCAUUGUUUUGUUCACAUAAUAAAUACUCUAGUAGUUUAAAAGGAAAUUUUCUAAAUAUACAUGAACAAUUUUUCCACCUUCUUUUGAUCUUUGGUUCCGAUAAAGUUUAAGUAUUUAUUGACAAUUAUCUCCUUAAAUAUCAUCCUAUUUUGAUAAAUUAAUAAAAAUGGCAUUUCUAGGGUCUUCAGAGUACUGUAGGAAUACUAUAGAAAUCAUUUUUCAGAAACUAUAGCUGACAAAUUCAGGUUAAUCAAUGCUUGAUGUGAUUAUUUUAGUUGAUAAAUAACUACAUACAAAGAGCUAUAAAAUUAAUGAUAAAAAUUUGUAUCUCAUUUAUUGAUCUUAUCAAAAUAAAACAAAGUAUGUAUACACUUGAACAUGUGUUUGCAUAUCUUAUAAAUUUUCCCUAAAUCUCUAUUCCAUAGGAAAACCAAAACAUACACACACAAAACUCAAGUUAUGUAUGAAGAAGGUGGUAGGAAUAAUUGAGUUUGUGGACUGCUCGCAUUUUCCCAGUUUGUUGUUCUUUGAGUGAUUCAUUUACAACAUACCUAAACAUGUUAAAUGCUCUUCAGAAUAAGUCACCAGUUAGCCUGAAUAGCUAUAAGCAACUGUCCAUUGAAGAAAUGCUUAUCUACAAAGAUACAGAAGACAUGAUAGUUUAUAGGGAGCAAAUUUUUCUAGAAAUUAGUUUAAAUAAAAAGAAAUUUAAUGAGGAGACUAAUUUAAUGACACUGUGGACAUUACGUUCAUCAUCUCCUAUUAAUCCCUCUAACAGAACUGUUAAAUUGCCAGAUGGACUGAUUUAACUUUCCAUUUCUUAUUUUCUGUCCACACACUGGUGUUACUGAGAAGCAAUAAUUGGCCAAAAGGUAGACAGUAGGAGGAAGGCAGAAUAGAAAAACUGACAUAAUACACACAUGAUUAAAUAACUUCAAGAAAAUAAAAAUUGGCUGAAAACCCAAGUUAUGUGUUCCUACUUUGGUAUGAGCAUGUAAGUGAAAUGUCUUCAUCUCACAGUCUAAUAAUUAAUUAGAGAUGAUAUUUGUCAGAGUUUUCUGUUUUAAAUUAAGAUGAAUAAGUUGAAAUAAGAGCUGGUCUGUGCCACUUAUUUGUAUAUUAACAUGUCAAUAUAAAAAUAAUUGGUAAACUGGAAGUGACUUGUCUGCAACCCUUCAGUUAUGGUACCUGUAUGUGUUUCUUUUUUGCAAGGUUCUUCCCAAGGAAAAAAUAAAAGUACAGCAGCAGUUAUUGUUUAACAUUUAUUGGUUUACUUGCAGAGCUUUCAGAGGAUGUUAUAUAUUUGUCA